AUGUCGUCAGGCGCCGAUGAAACCGAUGAAACCCCACAUCUUCAAUUCCCACCUCGCAUGUUCGCCGUUGGUGAUGAACCACUGGGAAUUAGGGUUACUCCAUAUCAUAAACCAUCUGCCAUCACCAAAAUUCUAAACGCUCUAACUGAAGAUGAAAUCGAAGCUAUCCGGAAGACCACUUUUGGGAAACUGGUGGAAAUUGCCGAUAAACCGUCAUUCUCUGGCCGUUUUGGGAGGUUUCUUAUAUCAAGACCGUUGAAGAUCGUGAAGAAACACGAAGCCUGGUUUCUUUUUGCCGGUAAACCAGUUAGGUUCUCCAUCAGAGAAUUCGCGAUGGUGACCGGCCUCAACUGCCGGAAGUAUCCUACUCAUUCAAAGAAAAGUAGCACGAAGAGUAUAACAGAGAAGCCAUAUUGGGGUGAGCUUUUUGGGUUAAUGACUGAAGUUCCAGUUAGCUAUGUUCAUGCCGAGAAGAUUAAAGAUGUUGAUCAGUUCCUUGCUUUUCCGUGGGGGCGGGCUUCCUUUGACAUGCUUAUGAGCAGCAUAAAAGAGAGAGAUGAAGUAUCACUAUUACAGAACACCAUUGCCCUCAAAGGGUUUGUGCUAUCAUUACAGCUUGUAAUGAUUGAAGUUGUUCCUUCACUUACUGAAGUUGUUGAAGAUGGGGGUUCUUCUGCCUCCGACGGCGAUGAAUCUGAUGAUGAAGAUGGAAAUGGAAAGAAAAGUAUCAAUACUGGGCAUGUCAGUGAUACUGAUACUGUCGCGAAGGCUCACGUUGUUUCUAUUAUCACUGCGGGAGUUGAAGAAUUUCAUCUCAACCCCGAACUCGGAUCUUCCGAUGACGAUGAAGAUGUGCUUGUAGCCAAUUUGGUCAAGUGUGUGGAAGAUGGAUUUGCGUUUGCUAAUUCCCAUUUUACCAGUGGGGCUACCAAAGCUGACGUGAACCGAAUGCGUGAAGAUGGUAAAACAGGAAAAAACCGGUCACGGAAGAACACCAAAGUAAACCUGAAAGAGCCUGUCACGGACGCCGUCGAGGCUGAUUAUGUUGCAGACAUUGUAAGAAAGAGUGUCUCAGCAGAACUGUGCAAGAUGGGGGAACAAAUCAAGAAUCUCGGUGACAAUUUAACGACCUCGCAUCAGCUUUUGCGCACCGACAUCCAAGGCAUGUUCCAGAAUUUUCAGAGGGAUAUUACAAAGAGUGGUGCUACUCCUGCAAACGCAAAUAACAUCAUCAAUGAGGCUGUUCGUUUUGCAAAUCAGCACUCACUCCAAACAAAGAAGGGUAUAACGGCCGAAAAAGGAGUAGUCGAAGAAACUAAUGAUGAUGAUGCGGACGUCAAUCUCGAAUCCGAACCGAAUGCCGAUGUCCUUUCAGACAUAGACGCUCCUGCUGUGGAGACCAAUCCUCAUCUACAAGACAGUGCCGAUGGCCGUUCAGACACAGAUGAUCCUGCUGUGGAGACCAAUCCUCAUCUACAAGACAGUGCCGAUGGCCGUUCAGACACAGAUGAUCCUGCUGUGGAGACCAAUCCUCAUCUACAAGACAGUGCCGAUGGCCGUUCAGACACAGAUGAUCCUGCUGUGGAGACCAAUCCUCAUCUACAAGACAGUGUAAAAGCUGAUGUCCUUCCGGACACAAACGCUCCUGCUGUGGAGAUCAAUCCUCAUCUACAUGACAGUGAAAAUCACCCAAAAUCAAAAGAACCUACCGAUGUUGGUCAUAGUCGAGUCCCACUCGUGGCUGAAAACGAUUCCAUAUCGAAGGACAGUGGAGACACUAGUCUUGCAUUUCCUAGGCCAACAUUUUCCCUUGGCCUGACGCAGGAAGAUCCUCAACUAUCCAAAACUAGUGCACCUGACAGCGAGGACUAUGGUGAUGAACAUAUGACAGUCGAUCCACCACCCACUUCCAAUGAGAACGAUGCUCCAGCGCCGCUUUACAGGAAAAGCAAGCGUCCACGAGUUGUUCCUAGGUCACUAGUUGGUGAUUACCAGUGUGAUAAACGUAUACUGGUGCGUGCGUGGGAAGCGCAUGUGAAUGCCACUAGAAGGGUCCCCAACAUUGACUACGCUGUGAAAUUCACUGAACUUUAUUCGAAGCUGGAGUCCCCAUUGUAA